UCUAAGUUAUAAAGAAAUAUGAAGGUCCACUAUUACUUCUGUUCUCAGGGCAGACUGGUGAGGUGACGUCUCAGGUCUUUUCCUGCUCCCAGUGCCCAUUCAUUCACAUGGAAGAAGUGAACCUUCACCACAUUGACAAGGUUCACCCAGAGGAGUACAGCAGGAUUCUGGGAUCUAGAGGAAACGGAGCAGAGGACCCACUGCCUCCCAGCAGCACCCCUCAGCACACCACACCCCCUAAGACACUCCCCACCCCGACACAGUUCCACACAGGCACCUCAGGGGCCCACACCUGCCCCCAGUGUGGGAAGAGUUUCAGGUACACAUCAGCCCUGAAAAGACACCAGCAAAUACAUACGGGGGAGCGUCCAUACCACUGCGCUCAGUGUCGGAAGAGCUUCCGAUCUGCAUCAGAUUUAACAAUACAUCAGCGCACUCAUACAGGUAAGCACCUCUAUCAGUGCUGCAGGUGUGGGAAGAGUUUCCGAUCUCCAUCACACCUUACAAUACAUCAGCGAACUCACACAGGUGAGCGUCCGUACCACUGCUCCCAAUGCGGGAAGACAUUUGGAACCACAUCAGACCUAAGAAGACACCAACGAAUUCAUACAGGAGAUCAUCCAUUACGCUGUGCCAGGUGUGGGAAGAGCUUCAGAUAUGCAUCACACCUGAAAAUACAUAAGCAAACUUGUACAGGGGAUGGCCCAUACCAUUGCUCCCAGUGUGGAAAGACAUUCAGAUCUCCAUCAGACCUGACAACACACCAGCGAAUUCACACAGGGGAGCGGCCAUACCACUGUUCCAAGUGUGGAAAGAGCUUUAUUUCUGCAUCCCACCUCUCGAAACACCAGCGAACUCACACAGGGGAGCGGCCAUACCAUUGCUCCCAGUGUGGAAAGACAUUCAGAUCCCCAUCAGACCUGACAACACACCAGCGAAUUCACACAGGGGAGCGGCCAUACCACUGUUCCAAGUGUGGGAAGAGCUUCAGGUGUCAGUCAUACCUAACAACACACCAGCGAACUCAUACAGGCGAGCGCCGCUACCAUUGUUCCCAGUGUGGGAAGAGUUUCUACCAGUCAAGCAAUCUGACUCAACACCAGCGAAUCCACACAGGGGAGCGCCAGUUCCACUGCUCCCAGUGUGGGAAGAGCUUCAACCAUUCCAGUAAUCUGAGAGUACACCAGCGAACUCAUACAAGGGAGCCCCCUUUGCACCACUCCCAGUGUGGGGAGGGUUUCAAUGACACAUCCACUUCAAGGAAACACCUGCAGACUCAUACAGGGGAGUAACUCUCUCCCUUCAGUCAUUUACU